AUGGCGGCCCUCACGCAGGCGGCGCUGCUGACGUCGCAGCGCGGCCCAGGCCUCCCGCCGCUCGGCGCCACCGCCGCACUCGCCUGCCUGGCUGCCGCGCGGCGCCGCGGCUUCGAGCCCUCCCGCCUGCAGGCGCGCGUGCUGCGGCGCCUCAAGGCGCGGCUGCGCGACUCCAUAGUGGGGAAUGCUGCCGCCCCGACGCCGCGGCAGCUCGGUGACAGCCUGGUUGCGCUCAGCGAGUUGGGGUGGCAGCUGAACGGCGACCAGCUGCGCUCGGUGGCCAGCGCCGCCGAGGCCGCCGCAACGGGUGGUGUGGGGGCGGUGACCACGGGCAUCUGCAGCGGAGGCGAGGCUGGGCUCCUGCUGGUGGGGUAUGCACGAGCGAGGGCCAUUGCGGCGCCGGGCGACCGGCUGGAGGGGCCGCGGGAGGAGAGGCUAGCGGCGCCGCUGUUUGACGCGUUUGCAGGGGCCAUCGUCAACGUCGGCGGCGGCGCGAGCCGCGUCCGCAGCAGCGCCGGCAACAGCAGCUGCGGUGACAGCGACGACGGCAGCGGCGGCGGCGGCGGCGGCACAGAAGGCGGUUCAAAUGUGCCGCCUGAUUGCCCGCCCGGCAGCGGCGGCGCCUCAAGCGAUGCAGGCGCGCAGGCUGACGCGCAGGACGACGCCUGGGCGGCCCAGGCGGCCGCGGUGCUGGAGGCCCUGUCGUCGCUGCCCUGCGCCCCGAACCUCAUCGAAGCCCCUGAGCGCCAAGCCGCCCUCGAGGCGUUGCUAGACCUGCUGCAGCACCGCAUGCGGCGGCUGGGCGGGCGCGAGCUGGCGGCGGCGGCGGCCGCGCUGGAUCGCAUCGGGAUUGACCCCUGGGACGGGUGGGCGGCUGAGCUGCACACCGCUUUGGCGGCGGACGGCGGCGAGCGCAUGCAGCAGCUGACGGGGCACGCAGCCGUCACGCUGCUGUGCGCGCUGCCGCGCCUGGGGCCGGCGCCGCCAGAGGGGCUGCUGGCAGGCCUAUGCCGCGCGGCGAGCGGGCGCCUGCAGGAGUGCAGUGCGCGGCAGCUGGCGGCGGCGCCGGUGGCGCUGCUCGCGCUGCGGCACCGGCCGCCGCGCUACUGGCUGGACGCGUACUGGGUGGCGGCGGCGGGCGCCGACUGGGAAGGCUUCUGCGGUGCAUCGCUGGGCCUGUAUCAGGGCCUGUCCGUCCAUGGCGCCGGCGCCGGCGUGAUCGCAGUUGACCCCGCUUCGCAGCCAUGCCCGCCUUUCGCGCUUGCCUUCAGCAAGGUGCUGCAUGGCAGCAAGCUGCUGGCAGUGGCAGAUGAGGAGGGCUGGAUCUGCGUUGUCGACACAGCGGCCGAGCGGCUGCCGUCCUCGCUUCACAUGGAUGCGUCGUGCGAGCCCAAGGCCAAGUGGUUGGCGCACCAGAACACCAUUUACGACAUCGCAUGGGCCAAGAACGACACCCUGCUGUACACAGCCGCGGGCGACCACUUGGUGGGGGUCUGGGACACCCACACCGCGGCGCUGCGCUGCCACUGCAAGGGCCACGCUGGCAGCGUCAAGGCCGUUGCGACGCACGCGGCCCAGCCCGACGUCCUCGCCUCUGGCGCGAGGGACGGCGCCGUCAUGCUCUGGGACCUGCGCGCCCCCACCCGCUGGAGCGCCCGCCGCCAGCGCAACACGCUCGACCCUGCGGCGCGCGUCGACGUCGCCGCGGGCGGCGCGAGGGGCGGCGGCGGCGUGGCGGCGGCGCGCACGCAGCUGCGGCGCAGCGUGACCGCGCUGGCGUUCCUGCCCGGGGGCGCCUCGCUGGCGGCGGGCAGCGACAUGGACGGCGUUGCCGCCGAUACGACGCUGCUGCCGGUACGGCUGUACGGCCACAACGGGGAGGUCACCUCGGUCGCGUGGUGCCCCAGCGACGGCUGCCAGCUGGCGACGGCGAGCGACGACGGAACAGUGCGCGUGUGGGCGCUGGGCGCGGGCCGCGGCGCGGCCGCAGAGGGGCACGCGGCGGCGGCCGGGGCUGUAUCGCGAGAGGAGCGCCGCGCGGCCGAUCGCGCGGCGGCGGCGGCGGCUCAGGUGGAGGGGCGGGCCGCCGAGGGGGCCCGCGGCGGCAGUGCGCGGGGCACGACGCGCGCGCGGCGCGCCGCAGCGAGGGAGUUUGUGCGCACGGCCGCCGGGCGCAGCGGCGGCCUCGCAGCGGAUGGCGGAACCGUGGCGGCCACGGCAGCCGCGCCACCCGCAACGCCGGGCAGCGGUGCCGCGGGCGCGCGGCCGCUGCGCCAGGCGCUCAUCACCGAGCGGCUGCCUACGCUGCAGCCGCCCGCUCGCCGGCAGGUGCCGGAGGCGGUGCCGCCCCAUGCUGCGGCGGCGGCAGCGACAGCACCUACGACGGCCCCAGAGGCCGCGGCGGCCGGCGGCCCGGGCGCAGCUGCGGCCGGCUCGACGCCGCCCGCGCCGCGCGAGAGGCUGUCGCGCCUUGGCGGCCUCACGCCGCUCGCGUGGGCCUGGUCGGGCCAGCAUCAAGACACCCACCACCACCACCAGCAGCAGCAGCGGCCUGAGCAGCAGCGCGGCGCCGAGCCCGGCGUCGGGCCCUCAGGCAGCCCUCCCGUCUGCCCGCAGCACCCCUUUGGCUGCCGCUGCCGCUCUGGGGGGGACGAGUUCCUCGUCUUCGAGGACCCCAGUGGCGGCGCCCUCGACGGCGGCGAGCUGCAAGGGGGCGCGGGGGCGCGGCCUGGGCGGGCGGGCGGCUCGGACUGCGGCGGCGCGCUGCAGAGGGCGCUGUCUUUUGACACCUCUCUGAUGGAGCCGUCGGCGACUCAGCAGGAAGACCGGCCGCCGGAGCAGGCGGGCGGGCCGCGGGCGGACGGGGGCGGCGACCGCGAAGGGGAGCCGGAGGCGGGGUCGAGCGGCGGCGGGCAACAGGAGGGCCAGCAGCGCGGCCAGCGGCGGCGGCGGGGCGCGUGCGGGGAGGCAGGCGACGAGCGCUGCGCGCCGCAGCUGGCGCCGCCGCCGCGCCACGGGCGUAGCUGCCUCGGGCGCAGCACCACGUUUGGGUUUCCAGAUAUGGAGCGGUCUGGGAGCCCGAGCAGGGACAGCUGGCCGGCUGUCCAGAACAGUGGCAGCGGCGGCGGCGGCGGCGGCUGCGAGCAUGUGCGGCCAGGGCAUGCGUCACAGCAGCAGCAGCAGCAGGAGCAGCAGCAGCAGCAGCAGCAGCAGCUUGGCAAGUGGCAUGGGAGCAGCGAGACGGGGCAGCUGCGGCAGCAGCAGCAGCACCCAUGCGCCCAUCUGCUAGAGCUCUCUGGCAGCUUCCGCUCCGGCGACGAGAAUGCUCCACAGCCGCCAGCGCCCUCGCUGCCGCCCCGCUCGCCGAUCCCACCAACACAGCAGCAGCAGCAGCAGCAGCAGCAGCAACAGCACGGUCUGUUGGCGGGCCUGCUGCCGCUCCCGCUGUUCUCGCAUGGCGGCUCGACGGCGCCGCUCUCAGGCGGAGAGCGGCGGGGCGGCGGCAAUGCAGAGGAGCAGCAGCAGCAGCAACAGCAGCAGGCAGGGCAGCAAGGCGAGCAGCACCGGCAGCGGCCGAUGGGCGAGUCGUCCCGGCAGCCAGCGCGCAGCGCGCAGCAGUGCGGCGGUGAGCAGGGGCCGAGUGUCGAGAUUGGCAGCGGCGACGAGCAGGGCCCUGAAGAAGAGGAGGAAAGGGGGUGCCUCCGCGCCCCCAAGCGGCAGCGCAAGCUGUCGGAACUUUGGCCGGCGCCGCUGGCGGUAGAAGACCAGUCAAGCCGCUUUGAGGCGUUGUGA